UCCUCUUUUCUACUCUUGCAGGCUCCUCAGUGUGAACAUGCAUUCUGUUCUGUGUGUAUCCACGAGUGGUUGACCAGACAGCCUACAUGUCCUGUAGAUCGUAACCCCAUCACACCCAAUCAAUUGAAGUGUGUCCCCCGCAUCCUACGUAACUUGCUGUCUCGACUGACCAUAAGCUGUGAGAACGCCAACUACGGUUGCACAGCAAUACUCAAUCUGGACAUGUUGCAGACACACCUCCAAGAGUGUGAACACAACCCAAAGAAACCAGUUCACUGUGAAGCUGGAUGUGGACUUGUGGUGCCCAUGGAUGAAUUCAAAGACCAUAAUUGUGUUCGAGAACUGAGGAAUUUGGUCCAACAACACCAACAGAAAAUGUCCGAAAUGCAAGUUGAGCUCAUGGAACACAAAUUACAACUGAAAGAACAGAAGCGAGAGAUGCAGCAGCUAAAAGAAUACAUGCGCUGCAUGAGGGUUUCAAAUCCCCGGAUUAGAGAGAUGCAGUCAGAAAUGGAAAAUGCAGAUGUUGUUAGAUGGGUAUCAAACCUUCAGAAAGCUCGUGUCACUCGAUGGGGUGGUAUGAUUUCUACACCAGAUACUGUAUUACAGGCUGUCAUCAAACGAGCCCUUAUCGAUAGUGGCUGUCCUCCACAUAUUGUUAACGAACUUAUGGAAAAUGCCCAUGAGCGGCGCUGGCCUCGAGGGCUUGGUACCCUUGAGACACGACAGCUUAGUCGACGGCAGUAUGAAAACUAUGUAACAAAACGUAUACCAGGAAAACAAGCUGUGGUGGUCAUGUCAUGUGAAAACGAACACAUGCCAGAAGACUUAAUACUGGAACCAGGUCUUGUAAUGAUCUUCGCGCAUGGUGUCGAAUGAGGUAAGGUCUUGUCAUUCCAUUUGGUCGUUCUUUCUUAG